CUCUCUGCCCCAUCCCAGAGAUGCCCGUCCCUGGGAGCGCCUCUGCCUCGGACGCGCUUCCCCGCUUUCCCUGUAGCUCUUGGCUCCGCUCUGCAACUCUCCGGUUUCCAUCGGAGUUGGGGAGGAGGGAGAGAGGGGAGGGAGAGAGGAGGGUGGGGAGGGGGAAAGAAGGCCGGCCGGCGGAGCUGGCUUGCGGCCUCCUUCGCCAGAGUAAGCGGUCCUCCUUCUUCCCCAAGCAGCCUGGAGCGCCAGCUUGCCAGCCCAGCCGCAGAGCGCCGCCGCCACCCCCCAGAAAUGGAGCACGCUGUCUACUUCUUCCUCUUCCUGCUUACAUUGACCACAGACUCUGUCCAGAUUGAGGACAAUAAGAUCCCCAGCCUUUGCGCUGGGCACCCCGGAAUUCCAGGCACCCCCGGGAUCCAUGGGAACCAAGGCCUGCCAGGCAGAGAUGGGCGUGACGGGCGUGACGGAGCAGCAGGGAUGCCGGGAGAAAAGGGCGAAGUUGGUCAGCCAGGAGCAGUGGGCCCCACAGGGGAAAGAGGCAGCCCUGGCCUCAAUGGGUUUCCCGGAGAGAAAGGGGCGCCUGGGGAGUGCGCAGUGGCCCCCCGCUCAGCCUUCAGCGCCAAGCGCUCCGAGUCUCGCAGCCCUCCCUUGGCCGACCAGCCGAUCGUCUUCGACGUGGUGCUGGUCAACGAGCAGGGACAUUACGACGCAACACAGGGGAAGUUCCUCUGCGAGAUUCCGGGACUGUACUACUUCGCCGUCCAUGCCACCGUCUACCGCAUGAGCCUCCAGUUCGACAUUAUGAAGAAUGGCAAGUCGGUGGCCUCCUUCUUCCAGUUCUACGGCAACUGGCCCAAGCCCACAUCACUGUCCGGUGGCACCCUGGUGCGGCUGGAGCCGGAGGAUGAAGUCUGGGUGCAGGUAGGUGUAGGGGACUACCUUGGCUUCUACUCCAGCAUCAAGACAGAUAGCACUUUCACAGGAUUCCUGGUCUACUCCUACUGGCAAAACUCUCCCGUCUUUGCCUGAGAGAUGCCCCUCUCCGCCACGCGAUUUGCGGAGGACUCCCUUUCUUGGCUCUGCCACAGCUGUCGUCCGUGGGGAUACCUGUGGCCCUUCUUAACCCAAGGGGUGCAGCACCCCUUUAGCUAAUGCCUGUAAAAGGUUCUUCCCAGAAGGUGUCUGGCAACCCCUCAGGCCAGGGUCGGGAUAGCUGUGCAGCAGAGAAGUUAAGUGACCUUUGUAGCGCACUAGCAAACAGUGUACUCCUUGUGGAGUAGAUUUACUUUCUAUAUCUAUACACAUACAUACUUAGGGCUGUGCCCCACUUGCUUCGCUCACCAGCCCCACCUACCGCUUUGGUAACCACCCUGCCCCACAUCAGAUGUAAAAUGACAAUAUGACUUUUAGAGGACAUCUGAAGGCAGCCCCGUAGAGGGAAGUUUUUAAUGUCUGAUGUUUUAUUGUGUUUUUAU